CCUCUGGCUGCUCAUCAAGGGGAUUUUGUUUUUUUGGUUUGGACUUGGCUGGCUGGUGGCUGAUGACAUCACACGAGCUGCAGCUGCUGCAGAGGGGAGAGCGAAGAUGGCUGCGGCGAGGUACAGUAAGGAAUGAGGAGGAGGUGCAAGGAGGAGUGUCUCCCAGGAGCCGGGCAGAGAGCGCUGCACGGUGUGCGGGCAGUGUCCGGAGCAGGAGAGCACCGCGAGCGGAACAACCACCAGGCGUGGAGAGAGAAGCAGCCAGACAAAGCAUCUGCCCGCAGGCUGCUUCCUUCCCUCUGGAGCUGAAGAUCUUUCCUCUUGCGGCUUCAGAAGAGGAGACAAGACGCUGGGAAGCAGAACCACAAGCAAGAAAGUAACACGGUGAAGCUGUGGCUGUGUGAUAAGGAAAUCCCUUAAAAAUGAAAAAGUUCACGCUGUUUGAUUUUGUAAAUGAUAAUUCGCUACAAAUCGGAGAGACUUCAUGGAUUCAGGAUCUUCCCAAUGACGACAGAGAACUAGAAGGACUCCUGAAACCAAAUGAGCAGGUGCUAGUUAACUGGCCUGUGGGAGAAAGGAAGACAGAGAAACAUUUAGUAAAAGUAGUGUACAUGAGUGAUGACCCUCAAGAGCUAGUUGAGAUGAUGCCAAAGAUAUUGCAGGCAGAUGAAAUUACAAAAAUACAAGUUGUUGGAAAAGGCAAGAGGAAGAGGAUUGAGAUGAUAUUCUCAGAGAGUGAAGAUAGUGACCUGGACAAAGGGCAGGGGAAAAUGAUGAAGAGUAUAAAAAGAAAGAAAUCAUUACAGGCCUCUGCCUCUGCCAACAUCCUGAGUCAACUUGAAACAUCUUUAAUUAAUAAACAGAGAGAACCAUAUUCUGGAAAUGCCUUUCUGUACAGCGAAAGCAGCAGUGAUGAUGAGGAGCCCUUGUUUCAGUUGUCCAAAGUGGAACUAUGUGCCAAAAUAAAAAGUCUGAAAAGGAAACUAACAGACACUAUGAGAGAAAACUGUCGCCUACGGCAGUCACUGGUCAUGCUUCAAGUGUUGCCACAGGCAGUCACACAUUUUGAGGAACUGGUAGGUAUGGCUGAGGCCCUGCUCAAGGGGGGAGUGACCACAUCUGCCUCCAGUAUUCAUUCACACACCGUCUGGAAAGCAUCAAACAGUUCUUUAUCAGAUUCAUAUGCAACUAUCCACAGUAACUCCAAUUCACCGAUCGCAUUGAACGUGGAGGAAGAGGAGCAACAGCCUGAGAAACAGUUCAAGAUUGAAAAAUGGCAGAUUGCCCUUUGUAACAAGAGCAAGCCUCAAAAGUUUAUAAAUGAUUUGAUGCAAGCCCUUUAUACACACGAGUACAUGGCCACGCAUAGUCUGACAGGUGCAAAAUCCUCCUCUUCAAAGGAUAAAGCAGCAAAACCAGCAAUGAAUCAAAAUGAAGUUCAGGAAAUCAUAGGAAUCACAAAACAGUUAUUUCCAAAUACAGAUGAUGCUUUGAUUCGGAGAAUGAUGGGGCAAAAGCUAAACAAUUGCACCAAGAAACCAAUUAUAAGCAAAGAUCUUAAUUCAAUUGUUUUUCAAAAGCAUAGCUUUUGUGGUUCGCCAGCUCCUCCGCCCAGUACUCAGGACACAACCGCAUCGGCUCCUGUUUCCAGCGCACAAGAUCAGCAGGAUGACGACUCACCGGCUCCUCCCACAGCAGUUGAGCAUGGCGACAGCACUCUGGCUCCUCCUCCUCCCAGCACACAAGCUCAUCAAGGUGGUGUCACACCAACUUCUUCCAGCAUGGAGUCUCAAAGCAGAAACUCAUUGGCUCCUAUUCCCAACCAGGGCUGCAGACAGGAUUUCAGGAGCUCCGACAAGAAGUAAAAGUGGACCCUUCAUAGCGGUUCAGCCAGACACUGGAGGAUGGGGACAGUGGAAAAUGGGCAGGAAGAAGUGACACUUAAUAGUGUGUUCUGAACCUAGCAACAGUUGGCAAAGAUACUGGAAGAGGAAUAGAGGUCUGGGACUAAUUUUUUGAUUUGUAAUGAAAAUCCCACAGUGUAGAAGAAAAAUUCAAACUGCGUCAAUAUCUUCAGAUUUAUGAUAUUAUAAAAUACAUGCAUGCCCUACUGUAGUUCAGAAUGGAUUAUAACUUGUUCCAAAAUAAUACAAAUGUUCUUUAUAACCAGAUAAUAGACACACUGUUUAAGAUAAUGCCAAAAAUAAAACCACGAGGAGCUUCACAGCCCAGACCAAACACCCAUCUAUACAUUUGAGAGAGAGAUCUUUAGUCUUCUAGACAGAAGAAGGUUCUUUACUAUAAUCCAAGGGAUCCAGAGAGGUUUGAAACAAGGACAGAGAGUGUUAUGAUGCAGAUAGUGUUAGCCUUCAGAGGGAUGGAAAAACAGGGACUCAAGGACCCAGAUCUACAGAGACUAGGCACCUAAACCCCAAAGGGGUUCCCUUUCUUGAUCCAGGCCAAGGAUACUGUUGGGUCAGCAGGGAGUGCUUCUCACAGGAGCUUCUGUUUUUGCCCUAAUAAAUAAAUAAAGGGAGUGGGGGAGAAGAGGGAGCUAAGGCUCACUUUUAUCUCUAAGGAGUUGGGAAGAGGCUCAGGUUUCUUUUGGCCUAGAUCAGAGGUCGGCAACCUUUCAGAAGUGGUGUGCCGAGUCUUCAUUUAUUCACUC